UGCGAUUGGCUGAGUCGGCCUCAUGAUAACCUGGGUGGACGUCCUGGCUGAGUUCUGUCGCCCGGCGUUUCUCUGGAGGGAAGCUGGAAAGACUUUGGCGAGCUUUGGAGACCGUUGAACUUUCUAUAACUGGGACUCUAACUCCGUCCCCAGAUGACGGAAGUAGUAGAGGAGUAUGAGGAGUAUGAGGAGUUUGAGGAGGAGGAGAUCGUGGAGGAGAUCACAACGACGACCAAGCACGAGGGCUCUCAGGCCUUCCAGGCCGGCCUGCCCAGCAGGAAGGUCAGGAAGAAGGUCAAGGUGGACACCUCCAAGUUCAUGACCCCGUACCUGGCUCACAGCCAGAAGAUGAUGGAGCAGUACAGUCACAACAAAUACCGCCAUGCGUACGACGUGUCCAGAGGGACGCCUCCCGCCAUCAUCACCGACUCCCCGGAGAUGAUUCGCAUCAGGAAGGCCCAGGAGCAGCUCAGCGAGGUGAAGUACCGCAUGGAGGGGAACAAGGCUCGGACCACCAGCCUGUACGACGGAGAGGCGCGUGAGGUCGCUCACGUGAAGCGCGUCUCCGAGCUGAUCAGCAAGGUCCUGUACAGACAGAAGUGGGACGAGACGAAGGACCGGUACCUGCUGCCUCCCGAUGCUCCCGAGCUGGUUCUGGCCGUGAAGAAUGCUGCGAACUACAGCAAGAAACUCUACACGGAGGACUGGGACGAGGAGAAGACGGCGUUCUACCCGUACAGCGACAGCCCCGAGCUGCGCCGGGUGGCCCGAGCCCAGGAGGUCCUGAGCGAUAUUCGUUACAAGAAGGGUCAUGACCUGCGCAAGGCGAAGUACACCUCGCUGGCCGACCCCCCUGAGAUGGAGCUGGCCCGGAGAGUGAGCCGCCAGCGCAGUGAUCUUAAAUACAAGGAAGAUUACAACAAGAACGUGAAGGGCCAGUGGUGCGAGACGCCAUACUUCGACGUGGCCACGGCCCGGGUGGCCAUGGAGAACUUCAGCAGCAAAAGGUAUACGCAGGACUACGAGGACAACAAAGACCAAAUCUACUUCAUGCAGACAGACACGCCGGUCUACGACGCCAACAAGAAGGCCCGCAUCGCCGCCAGCGAGGUGAUCGACCUCCGAAGAACAACUCUCAGACUCAAGAUCCGAGAAGGCCUGGAAAGAGUCACUGACCUGCAGAAAGUUGCAGCAAACCAAAAGCGCCAGAUCAUCAAGCUCUGCGAGGAGAAGGACGCAUGGCGGGAAGACAGGGAACCCUCCCUCACCAAGUUGUCUGGAGAACCUUCAAGAGAACGAGAUGAACAGAGCUCAGCGGACCAUCGACAAGCGCAAAACAUUUCCAGCCUGAAGGAGAGUCUCCUCCAGAAGAUGGUCAAAGAACAUGAGGCAGAAAUGGCCAAGGCUCAGCAGACCACCGAGAGACACAAGGGCCUGAAAUCUCCAGUCUGUCACGGUGGUUAA